GUGGGGGUGGGGGUGGGGGGGGUCUUUGCCGCCGCCGUCGCUGCCGGAAGGAGCCGCCAUUUGCCACGGCCGAGCGGACGGGUCGAGCCGGAGCCGGAGCCGGAGCCGGAGCCCGAGCGGGGCCGGGGCCCGGCGCCCCGCGAUGGGGGGCGGCCCCGCCGCAGGAGAACCCGGGCCCUUGACCCCGGGGACCCGGGCCGCGCCAGCCCCGGCCCCGCGGGGCGCCGCGCCCUAGAGGACCCGGGCCAUGGCCCCCGGGCCGCCAGCCCCGGGGCAGGACAGAAGGCUGCUCUGAGGCGAGCUCGCAGGCCCCGACGCCCCCUCCUCGGCUUCGGCCCCUCCCCCGGCCAGACCCCCGACGCCGCCCUCCCGGCGCUCCCCACUGAGCGGCGGUCCUCCUCCCCACCGCAGCUCCCGGCGCCCAGACGAUGCUCAAGUCCCGGCUCCGCAUGUUCCUGAACGAGCUGAAGCUGCUGGUGCUGACGGGCGGGGGGCGGCCCCGGCCCGAGCCUCAGCCCCGGGGGGGCGGGGGAGCCGGCUGCGGCUGGGGGCCCUUUGCCGGCUGUUCGGCCCGGGACAGCGACGGCGACGACGAGGAGUACUACGGGUCGGAACCCAGGGCCCGGGGCCUGGGGGACAAGGAAGCUCGGGCUGGACCCCCGCCCCCGCCCCCUCCGCCUCCACCUCCUGCUUCUGGCGGCCUGGACUCCCUGUCUCUGAGCAGCAGCCUGGACAGCGGGCUCCGAACCCCCCAGUGCCGGAUUUGCUUCCAGGGGCCGGAGCAGGGGGAGCUCUUAAGCCCAUGUCGGUGUGAUGGUUCUGUUCGCUGUACCCACCAGCCUUGCCUCAUCAGAUGGAUCAGUGAGCGGGGAUCCUGGAGCUGUGAACUUUGCUACUUCAAGUACCAGGUCCUGGCAAUAAGCACCAAGAACCCAUUGCAGUGGCAGGCCAUCUCCUUGACAGUCAUUGAGAAGGUCCAGAUCGCAGCCAUUGUCCUGGGCUCCCUUUUCCUUGUUGCCAGCAUCUCCUGGCUCAUCUGGUCUUCACUCAGUCCAUCAGCCAAGUGGCAGCGACAGGACCUGCUCUUCCAGAUAUGCUAUGGCAUGUAUGGCUUCAUGGAUGUUGUCUGCAUUGGUCUCAUUGUCCAUGAGGGCUCUUCUGUCUACCGAAUCUUCAAACGAUGGCAGGCAGUGAACCAACAGUGGAAGGUUCUGAACUAUGACAAGACCAAGGACUUAGGAGGGGAUUCAGGAGGAGGAAUGGCAGGGAAGCCAGGCCCCAGGACCUCACGGACAGGUUCCCCACCUGGAGCCACUGGCCGCCCUCCAGCUUCCCAGCGUGUCCGGACGCUCUUGCCCCAGCACUGUGGCUACACAAUUCUGCACCUGCUUGGACAGCUCCGGCCACCAGAUGCCCGUUCCAGCUCCAGAUCUGGCCGAGAGGUUGUCAUGAGGGUCACCACUGUCUGAGCUAAAUUCUCAGGAAAGAAGACCCUAAAGUCAGUACACUGGCUGGAGAUGUGGUCCAGCUCCUGCUGAGCAUCUUUCCCAAACAAGUGGAGAUUCCACCUAGACAAGAUGUUGCUCCCAUACCUGACUGUCCCUAUACAUUAAGGGAAUGUUGACAUGACCACUGGAGAUAAUAUCAGGCCCCCACUGAUCACUCAUCUUUCCCUGGAGCAAAGAUUCCAUCUGGAAGAAAUUUCGAUAUUCAUUGAUGGCCGUUUAUCCUCCUGGAAAGUAGGGAGAACAUCUUUUCCCCUGGAAAGAGUGGAAAGAAUCAUCUUUACCUCAGCUCACAUGGCCUCUGGCCCCCUCAACUCCACAGGGAUGAUUUGGUGAAGGGGGCCCAGUGCCAGGAGGAAGGGGCUACCAACUCACCCACCCCUCCUACUCUAUGGCCACAGGGCAUCUGGCAAUAAGACUAGUGUAUAUCCACCUCCUGCUCCCUGCAUGAGGGCAGGUGGGUCUACCCCUGCCCUAUCCCCUCUUGUUUGAGGGGAGGGCAUAAAGAGUCAUUUAUAUGCAAAUGAAGGCUCAUUUCUCUUCUGAGGAUUGUGGGAAGAUUUGAGGUUUGGGGGAGGUUUUGUCUAUACAGGUUGCAAGUCCCAAAGCACUUAGUAAGUUAACCUUUUUUCUACCUAUCAACCCAUAGUGGUUUAUUUCAAGAAGUUUAGCAAGCACUUGCUGGUGAAUAAUUCACUUUAAUUGUAUAGUUGGCAAGGCCCAGAAUGGUCUGAUGGGGGAAAAAAAUCACACACUCAGAAGUUAGAAGACUUAUGUUCUACUCUGCUUCAUUUUCCCUAUCCAUGCCACAGGAUUGAUGUGAGGAAAAUGAGAUAUAGGUAAAUUCCCAUUGCAAAGAAAAUUUCUCAGUGAGUGACUAAAUGUUUUUCAAGCCUUUAGCAUUUAUUUUUGGUUGCAUACCAAAGCACUGAACAUUGAAAUAAUUUGGCAUUUGGAUGAUAACUUGGAGUUUUCUGUAAUGGGAUAUAUAAUAGACAUGGAAAUGCUUCAGAAAAAUAUGAUAUAAAUGUGGGAAAUUAUUGUCAUUUUCUAAGUGUAAGAACCCAUAAGAAUAAGGAGGAAAUGAAGGUUGAGGAUAAGUUUGAUCAGGUAUCUUUUCUUCUUUUGUCUGGGAAAUAGGUGAAGGCAGGAAUUAUGCUAUAGAAUUUUGAGUCAGAAGAUUCCCUUUCAGACUGUUUUCAAUGGCUGAUGGUAUAAAGUGGAUUCUUAUUUACUUAGACCAAUACUGGUCAGUCUUCAUGAAUAUAGCCUCUGGUCUUUCAGUUCCCUCUGAUUUAUGUUGCCUUUCCAAUAAUUAUGUCUCAGUUCAGACCUGGGCUUACUCAGGCAGUUUGUGUUAACUGGUAGGGUUAGGGUUUUAUCUCAUUCUUUUCCUAUAAAUCUUAUCAGAUGUAUCAAAUUGUUCCUCUCCCUACCCAGAGGGAUCUAGAUGUGGAAUUAUUGACCAUUUGUGAGAGGGUGUUGCCUACAUACAAUGCUGGAGUAGUAUCAAGUAGCUGCUAUGGGCUGGUUUUGAAUAUGUAUCACCACCAGACCUGGUCACUCCUUACAGGCCCUGGGACUGUGUGUCCUCUAGUCUGUGCUGACAUGCUAAGUGAAUUAUUCAUCAGCAAUGAGAAUAUUCAGGUUACAUAAUGGACUCAGGAGUAGAGUUUAAAGGGUUGAAAUCAUUCCUUUCCAAUUAUCAUUAGUCUUUUAGAGAAGGUCUGAGCCUCCCUCAAGUAGUUGUUUUGGGGAAAUGCUUCUGCAUUGACUACCAUGAAGAGUCAUGGUAAGCUAAGUUCACAGCUUGAAAGAUCCUCUUCCUUUUCCAGCUCUAACCUAGGUGCUGUCCAUGGUGCUGUUCUAUAGACUAGCUAGACAGUGGGUGGGGGAUAGUGGUGUAGGGAGCUGAAUGGAAGGAAAAUGUUUUCCUUUUAUUCUAAGUCAUCCAGAAUACCGCCUUCCUGCCCAUACUAAUUUUCCCAGUCAUUAUCUCAUUCUGUCCUCUUACCUCCUUUGUACCCUCUCUGAUAUGAGGCCAAAGUGGGUAAGGGGCUAAGGAAGAGCUCCUUUUCUAAUGAGCACUUUUGCCUCCCUGGAGAAAGGGCAUGUGCACUCUCUCAUCUGUUACCUUACCAUCCACAAGGCAGCUGUUUUUCCAGAAAGUGACCACUAGCACAUAUACAUUUGCUGACAUGCUCAGACAAAAACAUUACAGGUUUGGGGAUGUAUUUGCCAAAUUGUUUCCAACCUCAGGCCCUCUCCCAAUGAGUAAUGGCUCCACACUGAGGCUCAAAAUACAAGUACUUUCAUACAUUUUGCCCUUCAGGGCCUGAGUCUGGGCCAAGUGCGUCAGUACCUUUCCCCUUUCUCCUGUUUCUGAGAGAAUGCCUCAUAGAGCAGCUGAGGUGAGACUACGGCAGGGGGUGGGGGUUAAGGGCAGAACAGCUCCCUUUUCCAAUUUAGGGGGUGUCUGUCUAGACUAGGGUAUUUUAAAAAUUAUUGCUCCUCUAGGAAGGGUGCUAUUUUGGGUAAUCCUACAAUAGGCUGAAGGUAGGCAGGUUAAGAAUGUAUACCCAUCUCUUUGGAUCUAAAGCUUGGGAACAAGAAACUGGGUUACGAUUAACUUGAACUUGAAGGGGGGGGGGGAGGAUAAACCCUGAACCUAGUGGCACAAGUGGUCUGUGGUCUGAUUAAGAUCCUGACACGCACAGGCUUUUGAAUCUAGAAAUAAUAGUAAUGGGGAUGGAGGAGGAGAACAAUGGUAUUUAAAUUAUUCGCAUCUUUGUUCCUGCACAAUGAUACACAAGCUUGCAAGUCCUGGAUUUUUAUAAAUUUUAUAUAGAUGUUCUCAGAAAACCUGGGAUAAGAAAAAUCCCUCUAUCUCCUGUUGAGCUAUAGCUAGUGGACUGGGAAAAAACAAAGUAUGAAACCGAAACUUGAUCCACCGUCUGAUAAUUGGGGUGGUAGUAAGACUUGCCCUGACUAGGUUGGAUUCUGGGCUACUUGUGUGUGUGUGUGUUGGGG